UCCUGAGGACACUUGAGUGGCAGGAGAGAGAAGGGGUGUGUGGAGGCUGUGAAAGGCACCUUGUGAAGGCUUUUUGAGUUCAGGAGUCAGAGCUUUAUCCUGCAGAGGAGUAGGAGCCACUGAAGGAUUUGAAGGUCAUGUAGGAAAUCGUAAAUCAUGUGAAGAUGGGACUCUUGGUAUUUGUGCGCAAUCUGCUGCUAGCCCUCUGCCUUUUUCUGGUACUGGGAUUUUUGUAUUAUUCUGCGUGGAAGCUCCAUUUACUCCAGUGGGAGGACUCCAACUCAGUGGUUCUUUCCUUUGACUCCGCUGGACAAACACUAGGCUCAGAGUAUGAUCGGUUGGGUUUCCUCCUGAAGCUGGACUCCAAGCUGCCUGCUGAGUUAGCUACCAAGUACGCAAACUUUUCAGAGGGAGCUUGCAAGCCUGGCUAUGCUUCAGCCCUGAUGACUGCCAUCUUUCCCCGGUUCUCCAAGCCAGCACCCAUGUUCCUGGACGACUCUUUCCGCAAGUGGGCUAGGAUUCGGGAAUUUGUGCCGCCUUUUGGGAUCAAAGGUCAAGACAAUCUGAUCAAAGCCAUCUUGUCCGUCACCAAAGAGUACCGCCUGACCCCUGCCUUGGACAGCCUCAGCUGCCGCCGCUGCAUCAUCGUGGGCAACGGCGGUGUCCUUGCCAACAAGUCUCUGGGCUCCCGAAUCGAUGACUAUGACAUUGUGGUCAGACUGAACUCCGCACCAGUGAAAGGCUUUGAGAAGGACGUGGGCAGCAAAACCACUCUGCGCAUCACCUACCCCGAGGGCGCCAUGCAGCGGCCCGAGCAGUACGAACGGGACUCUCUAUUUGUCCUCGCUGGCUUCAAGUGGCAGGACUUCAAGUGGUUGAAGUACAUCGUCUACAAGGAGAGAGUGAGUGCUUCUGAUGGCUUCUGGAAAUCUGUGGCCACGCGAGUGCCCAAGGAGCCCCCCGAGAUUCGCAUCCUCAACCCGUACUUCAUCCAGGAGGCUGCCUUCACCCUCAUCGGACUGCCCUUCAACAAUGGCCUUAUGGGCCGUGGGAACAUCCCGACCCUUGGCAGCGUGGCGGUGACCAUGGCACUACACGGCUGUGAUGAGGUGGCAGUCGCAGGCUUUGGCUAUGACAUGAGCACGCCCAACGCACCCCUGCACUACUACGAGACCGUGCGCAUGGCGGCCAUCAAAGAGUCCUGGACGCACAAUAUCCAGCGAGAGAAAGAGUUUCUGCGGAAGCUGGUGAAAGCACGUGUCAUCACUGACCUAACCAGCGGCAUCUGACGUGGGCGCAGCACAUGGCCACAGAGGUCCUGGCACCGCCAAGAGGAAGCAGCAGCCACCACCACCUGCCCACCCCAUUGGCCUCAGUCUGGCUCUGCCUAAAAGGCGCAGGAGUCUUCAGACCCAGAAAAGGACAGUGCCAAGUGGCCCCAGGGGUGGCGAGGCCUUGGCAGGGCAGCCAGAGCUGUGUCUGCCCAGAGGCCAGCCUCAGAGACCAGCACUUAGCCUCAUUCUCAGCCUGGGUCCUUGAAGUCAGAGGGCCGGAAGGCCACCGGCUGUGCCCAGCAGGCCCAGCAUGCGGGAGGUGGACAUCAGGCAGCAAGGCUGCUGCUGGAAUCAUUUCUCCAAUCAGUGUUUGGUGUAUUAUCAUUUUGUGAAUUUGGGUGGGGGGGGAGGGGCGGGAUAAUUUAUUUUUAAAUAAGGUUGGAGAUGUCAAGUUGGGUCCACUUGCCAUGCAGAAAGAGGCCCACCAGGGGGCCCGCCGGGCAGUGGUACCAGCAGCCUCCCUGGAGAGUGGGGGG